GCAGGUGGAUGUGUUUGCUCCAGACCACUGCAGAUCUGUCAGAGCAGACUCUUGACACAGAUGAAGAACAUGAAGAUUCGUCUGUUGUACCUGUGGAUGCUGAUUGUAACGGCCUCAGCCAACCUCCUGCUGGAUUCUUGCCUCACGCAGAGAUACGUCUACAGGAUAAACGUAGUACUGCUGGAGGACAACACAUACGAGUGGAGUCUGCCCUACGUCCGGGCCGCGGUGGAACAGGCUAUCGAGGAAGACAGGCUGGAAAAUGAGAAGCACGGUCUUGACUUUACAUUAACGGCCAACUACAAUCCUUUCAACACCACCACGUACAACAGACAGGGCUGUGGCAGCAGCAGCUGUGAGGGCGUCACCAUCCUCAAAAAACUCAAGGAAAAUCUCGAAAUAGGAUGUGUGAUGCUCGGGCCGUCCUGCACCUUCGCCACGUUCCAGUUGGUGGAUCAGGAGAUUGGCCUGAGCCUGAGUAUACCUGUCAUCUCCGCUGGAAGCUUCGGUUUAUCCUGCGACUACAAGCCCAAACUGACCCGGAUUCUGCCGCCCGCUCGCAAGGUGUCUGACUUUAUGGUCAACUUUAUCAAUGAGUCCUUGUUACCCUUAAAACAGAAGUGGAACCAGGUUUAUGUGUACAAAAAGGCCUCCUUUGUGAAUGCAUCAGAGGACUGCUAUUGGUACAUCAACGCACUGGAAGCUCCGUCAUUCAGUUUUGCCGCAAAUAUUGAAAGAGAAAUGCUGCGUAAUGAGAACGACCUGGUCGCGGCACUCAGUUCUCCAAAAAGGCACAGUAACAUUUUCAUCCUGUGCGGGGGUCCUGACGACAUCGCCCACAUAAAGCGGAACAACGUCCCCAUUCAUCCCGACAUCAUCUUCAUACUCUUAGACAUAUACAAUCCAAAAUAUUACGAGAACAGAACGUCCAGUCACGGCAUGGAGAACGUUCUGGUGGUCACUCUCCCCCCGCGGAACUACACCUACGGGAAUCUGACCUACAACAACACAGUCAAUGACUACGUAGCAGGUUACCAUGACGGGACGCUCAUGUUUGGGAAAAUGUUGCGGGACAGGAUGCUCGGGAGGCAGCCGGGGAACCUGCCUCUCGGUGAACAUCCCUUCGCCAAUGUCUCUUUUUAUGGCAUGGCAGGACAUUAUGUACUGGACCAAUACGGAGACAGAGACGUCAACUUCUCUCUGCUGUAUACGUCCACCAUCACAGGCGAGUAUACAACCCUGUUCACAUUUGACACGUCCAAAAACAAAACACACAAAGUAGAUGAAUCUCCUGCUCUGCCCUGGAAGGACGGUGUUCUGCCCGACGACAACCCGGAGACCAUCGACAGAAUAGGCACUCAGAACAUUAUUGUAAUUGUUUUGAGUCUCAGCAUUGUUGUGGUCACUGCCAUCGCACUCAUCUUCUACAGGCAGAACAGAAAGGAGCGGCUCAUGCAGAAAAAGUGGUCGCACAUCGAGCCUCACCUGAUCGGUCCGCUGGAUGAAAAAGAGGUGGUUCUGAAGAUUGAAGAGGACAAGAGAAAGGACAGUAUCUUUCUUGCUCAUCGAGGGCGUUAUGACAAAAAGCCGGUCAUUUUGAAAGAGUUUAAACAUGCAGACAGCGAUUUUACUGAAGAACAGAAAAUUGAGCUCAACAAGUUACUUCGUAUUGACUACUACAACUUGACCAAGUUCUACGGCACAGUUCAGUUUGACUACGGUGUGUUUGGUGUAUUUGAGCUGUGCCAGAGAGGCUCGCUCAGGUACAUUCUGAAUGACACGAUCUCCUACCCCGACGAGACCUUCAUGGACAUGGAGUUCAAGAUAUCUGUGAUGUACGACAUAGCGAAGGGGAUGUCCUAUCUCCACUCCAGCAGCAUAGGAGUUCACGGACGUCUUAAAUCCACUAACUGUGUGGUGGACAAUCGCAUGGUGGUCAAGAUCACAGACUUUGGUUGUAACACGAUUCUCAACCCCAGCAAAGAUUUGUGGAUGGCCCCAGAGCACCUUCGUAAAAGCGGGAUCUCUCAAAAAGGCGACGUGUACAGCUACGCCAUCAUAGUGCACGAGAUCAUCAUGAGGAAGACGACGUUCUACACACAGUCCUGCUCAGAUAAAGCAGAAAAGAUCUACAGAGUUCAACAUCCCAGUAUGACCGGAGUCUUCAGGCCUGACUUCAGUUUGGACGGAGCUUCAGAGCGAGAGGCCGAGCUGUACACUUUCAUAAAGAACUGCUGGGAUGAAGAUCCAGAACGCAGACCAGACUUUAAGAAAAUAGAGCUAACUCUUGGUAAGAUUUUUAGUGCUCUCCACGACACGGCAAGUGAGACGUACAUGGACAACCUGAUCCGCCGCCUGCAGAUGUACUCCAGGACGCUGGAGCACCUGGUGGAGGAGAGGACGGCUCUGUAUAAAGCAGAGAGAGACCGAGCAGACCGCCUCAACUUCAUGCUCCUGCCCGGGCCUGUGGUGCGUUCGCUGAAGGAGACGGGCCGAGUGGAGCCGGAGCUGUUUGAAGAGGUGACCAUUUACUUCAGCGAUAUCGUGGGUUUCACCACUUUGUGCCACUACAGCACGCCCAUGGAGGUGGUGGACAUGCUCAACGACAUCUACAAGAACUUUGACAGCAUCCUGGACCACCACGAUGUCUAUAAGGUGGAGACCAUAGGAGACGCCUAUAUGGUAGCGUCGGGUUUACCAAACCGCAACGGGGACAGACACGCGGUGGACAUCGCCCACAUGGCCCUGGACAUACUGUCGUUCGUAGGGACCUAUCAGCUGGAGCACUUACCUGGGAUUCCACUGUGGAUUCGGAUUGGGGUUCAUUCAGGACCCUGUGCUGCUGGGGUGGUGGGGAACAAGAUGCCUCGUUACUGUUUAUUUGGAGACACAGUGAACACCGCCUCUAGGAUGGAGUCUACAGGCCUGCCUUUGAGGAUACACGUGAGCAAGUCCACCAUCAGCACCUUGAAGAGGACAGACUGUGAGUUUGAGUACGAGCAACGAGGAGAAACAUACCUCAAGGGAAAAGGCAAAGAGAUAACCUACUGGCUGACAGGGGUAACAGGGCAGAAAUACAACCUCCCCACACCUCCAACUGCAGAGAACUUCCAGCGGCUUCAAGAGGACUUGGCUGAAAUGAUCCAGGCCAGUUUGGCGAAGCGUGCGGCGUGUACCGAGGGCUUCGAGAAGAGGAAGACCCUGUCCACCAAAAUACGCCGACGAGAGACCAACAGCAGCACACAGAGCGACCCCCCGGACUAUUUUCACCUGGCUGUGACUGACAACCCCAGCACCUACCUGUGAGUCCCUGCUGUGAGGGACAUGCACAGGACCGGACUGCAGGGACUGGACCGCACAGGACCGCAGAGGACUGGACCACACGCAGAGGACCACAGAGGACUGGACCGCACAGGACUGGACUGCAUGGACUGGACCACACAGGACCACACACACAGGACCGCACAGAGACACACACACAGGACCACAGGGACUGCCCAAAAUGACUUCUGCCUCGACAUAGAUGGUACAUGCUUUAAAACGAGCAGUGGACACUAUGCAGCAGGUUUGACAGAUAAAGAAAAUGAUCAUAAAGACAAAAGGUUUUCAGUUUUUAAAUGGGGAGGGACAAACAUUAAAAGACAGACAAUAAUGAAAAUGGAUAUAAGAUGUUUCUGCGACAAAACCAUGGGAGUCCAGUCAACAACUGUCCAUCAAUUUCAACAUUUUUUGUUCUGUUUUUGUCUGAAUGUUGCUGGUUUGAAGCUCAUUGAUUGAGAAUUAUGACAAAACUUUGUUUACCGUGUAAAUAACCCUUUGUGCUGCUAAGUCACAUUUAUAAACCAAAUAUAUCCAGCCAAUGUUGAAUGUGUGAUA